AUUUGCUGUAUUUGGAACUGGAACGGACCAUGAAAACAACCAAUCUCGGCCUGUAUGCUUUUCGUUUAACCUUCGGUCAGGCGCCGCCGUUGUCCGCACAGGCCACGACGCACUGCAGCCAUGGCUACACUACCAGCUCGUCUACGCCUAACCGUGUGGUGACUCGCUCGGCCACCAUGCUGGCACUCUUCGGGAUUGCGCUCUCCUCUUUCAGCCUAAAACAGUUGCUGGCCAAGAAGCAGAAGCACCAGGGUCUGCGCAAGCUCUAGGAUGAGGAUCUAGCCAAGGAGUAAAGCGAAGACUAGAACGAUGCCAACACCAACGGCAGAAGGAGCAUUGAGGAGCCAGAGCACCAUGUCCUGAGGUCAUACAUUCAAUUAGUUUAUCACCCGCCAUCAUCGUGUAUAUUUGCUUAAGUUAAGUCAUCAACUCACCACAUACUCAACCGGAACUUGGGCAUGGAGGCUUGUUUGUAAUAUUCUCGUUAAAUUGAACGGAGACCGAUGCAGGACUAUAGAGAUCUAUGCGCAUAUAUAGAUAUAUUUUCUUGUUUACACAUGCACACCAUGCAGCGCCAACUAAAAGGAAUAAAUUUGUGAUAAAUCGUGUAUGGGUAUAGCCAAUCAGCAACCAAACGGAACGGAGAACGAUGGAUUUAGAAAUUUGCUAAAUUUACGAAAAUCCCAAAAUUUUCCUAUAACUUUUGUUGCCUUUUUUAGUUUUAUUUAUUUUAUGUGUAAACAAGUCGAUCAUAUACUUCAUAUACGUAUAUUUAUUUACAAAUUGUAUGCAAACCAGAGAAACGACUAAGUAAGAAGGGAUAGAAAGAUUUAUGACAUCGUUGGAUAGCUGAUCGCCGAGCUGGCUGCGUCAGUAUCCAAGAAACAAAUUAGUUGUAGUUUCGUAUUCAAAUAAAUGCAUUAUAUUCAAUUCGAA